CUUUUUUGUUCUGUUUGUUAUUUGUUUCCCUUUUUUCAAUUCUAAUAAUAUUUCAUAAUGGCUGAUAACACUGAUGAUUAUUCUUACGACUACGAAUACUUAUAUAAGAUUGUUUUAAUUGGUGAUUCGGGAGUGGGUAAAUCCAAUUUGUUGUCCAGAUUUACUAGAGAUGAAUUCAAUUUAGAAUCUCGUUCUACAAUUGGUGUUGAGUUUGCUACUAGAACUUUAGAAAUUGAUGGUAAACGAGUUAAAGCUCAAAUUUGGGAUACUGCUGGUCAAGAAAGAUAUCGUGCUAUUACCAGUGCUUAUUAUAGAGGUGCCGUUGGUGCUUUAAUUGUUUAUGAUAUUUCUAAAACUGAAUCUUAUGAAUCAGUUUCAAGAUGGUUGAAAGAAUUAAAAGAACACGCUGAUGCCAACAUUGUUAUUGAAUUAGUUGGUAAUAAAUCUGAUUUAGAUCAUUUAAGAGCAGUUCCAACUGAAGAAGCUAAAAAUUUUGCCAAUGAAAAUAGUUUAUUAUUCACCGAAGCCUCCGCUUUAUCCUCAGAUAAUGUUGAUUUAUCUUUCCACCAAUUAUUGAAAAAUAUUUAUGAAAUGAUUAGUAAACAUCAAUUGGAUACCAAUGAUAAUGUUGGUGGGAAUAAACCUUCUGGUGGCCCAACCAUCUCUUUAACCCCUGCUCCUCAAGAAAAGAAGAGUAAGAAUAACUCAAACUGUUGUUAAAGUAUAUUUUAUAUAUUAAAAAAAA